AUGUGCACACUGUCUGCCAUUCUCAUAGUAACUCCGUGGGCUCAGGGAAGAAAACUUUACUUUGGAUCACUAAGUGAACCGACCUCAGAAGGUCCCGACCUUCUCCCUAUUCACUGCUGCUAUUCCACUGUGUCCUUGGCAGCUCCCAAUCCUUGUGCAGCCAAUGGGGGUCAAGGCCCGUGCUCUCACCUGUGUCUCCUCCAUCACAAUAGGAGUGCAGCCUGCGCCUGCCCCCACCUGAUGAAGCUUUCCUCUGACAAGAAGACCUGCUAUGAUAUUCAGAGCAUCAGAGGAUUAGCAGUGGACUGGGUUUCACGUAAUUUAUACUGGAUUAGCUCAGAAUUUGAUGAAACACAAAUUAACGUGGCCAGGCUAGAUGGCUCUUUGAAAACCUCAAUUAUCCAUGGAAUCGAUAAGCCACAGUGCCUGGCAGCUCACCCAAUCAGGGGGAAACUGUACUGGACAGAUGGAAAUACAAUAAACAUGGCAAAUAUGGAUGGAAGUAAUAUCAAGAUUCUCUUUCAGAACCAAAAAGAGCCAGUUGAUGCCAUGAUCAUAUUCUGCAUAAAGCCAUAAAGACUGAAUAAAAUUCUGUUCUAUUUAUGUGUCAUAUUUGUUUUUAUCAGUUUUUCUGUUGAACCUCUAACCACAUUCCCUGUCUUGAUUUUUCUAUGUAAUGUAAGCUAUUUAUAACUACAGAUAUGCAAGUAUUGCUGUGUUAUGCUGACUUAAAGUCCUUCAGGUACAU